AAUCAUUUAAUAUUAUGCCUCAAAAUGAAAAACAACAACUCGUACCUCUCUCCGAUGUACUUAGCAACCUUCCCGAUAGUGUAAUUGAUGACAUUCUAAUGAGUUUGCCUUUACGAGAUGCUGUGAGGACAAGCAUCUUAUCGAAGAAAUGGAGAUAUGAUUGGUGCAGACUUCCACAACUGAAACUUGAUCAAACACUUUGGGAAACAGCAGAGGACUUAAUAUCCCCUACAAUUGGAUUUACUAACAUUCUUUGUCACUUCUUGACCCUUCAUACAGGACCAAUUACCAAGUUUAUCCUAGAUAUUCCUGAUCUAGAAGUAUGUCCUAAUAUCGACCACUUGAUAUAUUUUCUCUCCAGGAAUGGCAUUCAACAUCUUGUCCUUAAACUUCCGUUUAGUAGUCAACCAUACAAUUUGCCUUUUUCAUUCUUCACAUGUUCGCAAUUGAGGCAUCUGUUUCUCAAGGAAUGUCUAAUACAUCCUCCAUCGGUCUUUAAGGGAUUUGAUAAGUUAAUUAGCUUAGAACUAAUUGAAGUCAAAAUUUCUUCUGCAUUGCUUGGAAGUUUAAUCUCACAUUGCCCGUUGCUUGAGCAUUUGGUGCUGCAGCACGACGCGAUUACAGAUCACAUUGAAAUUAGUGCUCCCAAGCUGAGGUCAUUUAUCUUCUCUGGCAAUAUAAACUUUUUACAUUUAAAGAAUGCCCCUCUUCUUUCCAAAGUUUCAUAUGAGCCUACAGAAUUUCGUGUAAAGGCAGAACAUGAUGUUUGCAAGAUUUUUGAGUCUAUUCCUGCUCUCGAGAAUCUCUGCUGGAUUAACGAUUGUGUCCAGGACGUGCGUGUUGGACCAGCUGAAGUUAUACCAACAAGGCUCCCUUAUGCUCUUCACUGUCUUAAACGCCUUUACAUAUCUGGCAUUACUCUGGUAGAAUUCUUUGAUGUUUCGUUUGCUCUUUGCUUGAUAAGAAGCUCUCCAAAUUUAGAAGAUAUUGAAAUUGAGAUGUAUGUUGUUAGUGAUGAGGACUAUUUUGUACAUGUGCCCCGGGAGGCUGUUGAUGAGAUUCAUGCUAGCUUCUCAGAUAUGACAUUUAAUCACCUGAGGACGAUUAAGCUUAGCAAUGUAGCAGGAGCAGGGGCUGAAAUGCAACUUAUCAAGGUUUUAUUGGCCAAGUCUCCAGCACUGGUCAAAAUGGUAAUCGAUCCCUAUAGAAUGAAAGCAGAAAAAUCUCUCAAAGUACUCAUAGAGAUAACAAAUUUUCAGCGGGCAUCAUCUAAAGCCCAAGUUGAAUACAAUGUAGAUUAG